AUGCACCUUCAACCGUAGAUAUUCUAUGCAGGAAAUGGGUGAAGUGAGUCAACAUGCCCUGCAACGAUCCUGCAUCUCUUCGUUCCCCAACAGUGCAGGUUCCAGUAAGAGCUACAGCCCCAUCACUGAAGCGUCUGCUAAAUCCCAUAUCCUAUCGUUACACUGACCUUCUGCGAUCUCGCCGGUCCUACGCUUCUGCAAGUUACUGAUCAUAGUAAGCCAUGGGCCUGUUCAAGAGCGUCCAAAAGGGCUGGAACGACUUCACGCCCAAGGAACGGCACGAGGCUGCAUUCUACAUCCUGGGCAUUGUCUUCUACAAGUUCGGUCUGGAAGCUUUUAACGGCUCGAUCAUCACCCUGGCCACCAAUCGCUACGAUUAUGAUGCUCUUCGCACUCACACACCGCCCAAGACCUUUCAGCGCGUUGGACUCAUGGUCGGCCUCAAUCAAGCGUGCCAGUGCGUGGGGUCUAUUUUGAUCGCACCACUGAUUCGUCGCUAUCCAGCCCGAGUGAUUCUCAUGGCAGCCGUGCUGGUCUUUGGUGUCUUCAGCGCCAUCCUUCUCAUUAUGGACGCGUGCACUGGAGGGACCUUUGUUCCGGUCGCCUUCCGUCCUCACCACCCCGAGAACGACUUCCACUAUUACGGCCGUUACAACACGGACAGCAUGAUCCCGAUCUACUGUGUCGGUGGCUUUAGCUAUGGGAUGGUCGAGCUGAUCCGCCGGAUCAUUCCUCGGGACAUCGUGGGCGGAAAUCUCAAGAGGCUGCGUCGCCUGGAUGCCCUGGUUCAUAUCUUCUAUGAAGUGUCUGGCACCGCUGGCGCUUUCUGCACUGCACUGGUUUUGAUCCCUCGCCUGGGAAAUAAUUACUCCUUCCUUGUGACGCCCGUCUGUUUUGCACUCGCGGCUCUCGCAUGGUUCUUCCUAGGAGAUCAAGUGUUCAAGGCUCAGAAAGCCGAGGCCUCCGAUGACCACCCCCCUUAUGUUCGAGCGGCACUGACCGGAGCCAGGCUCUUUCUGGAGUCCAUCUGGGUGGGUGCCCGGAUCAUCUUCACCACCCGGAAAUUCAUCUGGCUGCUUCCUGGUUACUCGAUUGCACUGUAUGCUCAUCGCUACCUCGAGAGCGCCGUCAUGCCGGCCCUUGCGCGUCGCUAUCUAGGCAAUGCGGCAUGGUCGCAAAUCAUGGUCGGAGGGUCCAACCUCGGAGAGCUGCUCGGGGCUUUUUUUGUGAUUAUUCUCAACAACCGUGUUCGCACGCCCAUCCCUUGGUUGCGAGUCGAUGCGCUCAUGCUUCUCAUCACCUGGUACCUGCCCUUCUGGAAGCCUCGGGUCCGGCACGUCCUGGAUGCUUUGUUUGCUGCCGCCACCUUUAUUCCAAUUUCUUUCGGCUGGGCGGCCGGCGAUGUCUCGCUGGCGGCGUACAUCCAGGCCACGCUGUCCCGGAUGGAAUCUACGUCGAGCAAUGUGUCUGCUCUCGGGGCGGUCAUGGCCUUUCUAUACUCCACCUACAUUGUGCUGUAUGCGGUCAUCUCGCCGAUCCUGGGCAGCUACAUUGACCGGGUGUACGUGGAGACGGGAGGCUCGAACGGCGGGGGCGACAUCCACAGGGCGAUCCGCAAUGUGGCGAGCGUGCAAUUCAGUGUGAUCUCCCUGCUGGUUCUGAUCUCGUCGUUUGUGCCUCGGGGAUCCCUGGCGGUGAAUCCGGUGGUGCUGGAUGAUGAGGAUCUAGAAGAGGAGGAUUGGGGAAAUGAUGUGAUGUCCUCGGGCGCGAGCAUGAUGUCCAUGAUUCACUGAGUGAUACGUAGACGCAGUCGCAGUCUGCAGUACCGUGGUCCGUAGUUACUGUCCAGUAGUUAGCAGUCGGGCAUUCCGUAUUAUCUGAGCUGUGGAGGAGUCUCAGCAGUCAAAAGUC